AUGAACAACGACUCCUGUCUGCCAACAGCAGAUGCUCCGUGCAGUGGGCUGGGAUAUCCAGUUUACGUUGUGAAUGCAACGACUGCAAACGAUAUAAAGCAAACUAUUAACUUUGCUAGAAAGCAUAAAGUGAGACUGAACAUCAAAGCAUCAGGACAUGACUAUCUGAAGCGAUCCACAGCACCCUAUUCUCUUUCCAUCUGGACCAGAUAUAUGUUCGGAGGAUACAAACUACACAGCGAGUUUAAGCCAAAGGGUUGUAAAAAUACGAUUAAAACAACAGCUGUGACUGCGGGGGCCGCAUCAUAUGUCAGUGAUAUAUACUCUCACUUGGAUCAAUACAACCUGACCAUCGUUGAUGGGAUGGGGCCCGAAGUGACUAUGGGCGGGUACCUCACUGGCGGUGGUCACAGCCCCAUAUCCAACAUAUUCGGGCUCGGAUCCGAUCAGGUUUAUGAGGUAGAGAUGGUAACCCCCCAAGGAGAAGUAAUCACUGCGAACGAGUGUCAGAAUACCGACCUGUUCUGGGCAGUUCGAGGUGGCGGCGGGGGCACUUUUGGAGUCUUGACCAAGGUGACUGUUCGUACGGUUCCAUCCAAGCCCAUAGCGGUAUAUGACUUUACCAUCGAGACAGCACCAAACUCAACGGCGUAUUGGGAGAGUGUAGCUUAUAUGAUAGCACAAUACCCCACUCUGGCCAACUCGAGUGUCGCGGCAUUCACCUAUCUAUAUCCCAAUACCAGCGCCGCAGGACUCGGAGGGGACAAGGCAACCCUUGAAGCAGUCUUCGCGAUAUACGAUCCUCCUUCAUCAAGUACAUUGGAGAGUUUGCUUGAACCCUAUGUGCGACAAAUUAACAAGACUUACCCCGAUCAGAUAACGACGAAGGUGGCCUCAACUGUCUUUCCCAACUUUCACAGCAUGUUCCUCAAAUUUGCGGAUGAUAACGGGGCUGGUGUGGACAAGGUAGUCGGAUCAUGGCUUCUGCCGCCAGAUACACUGAAAGAAAAUGCAUUUGGAGAUGCUCUAGUCGACUUCCUGGGACCCGCUGGAGGGAGAUUAUACAUGGUCGCUGGAGCAGGCGUUUGGGAUGCCAAACCAAGGGGUGGCGGUAAUGCCAUCAACCCCGCAUGGAGAAAAGCUUUGAUUCACGCGGUCACUUCGCAAGAGUGGUCGCCACUCAAUAAAAUUGAGCGAAGCGCUGUUGAACAUAACAUAAAUAAUGUCCAAGUUGAAGCUUUUCGCAAAUUGGCACCGGACUCGGGAGCUUAUCUUAAUGAGGCAUGGCUUUUCUACUCUCUCUGUGUUUGA